CAUAUAGAAACACGUGUUUACGCGUCAGUAUUGCAUCAUUUCGUGUACGAAACACGAUUUUCCCGCUUGAAAUCAAUAACCGUCGUUUAUUUUUGUACGUGUGCGCUUCGAGUUGAGCAGUUUUUUGUGUAAUUUCGGAGUGUUUAGAUAGCAAAAUGAGUGAUAUAAAAAAAAUUUAUUCGCGCCAAAAAGGUACAAAAGAAUUGCAUUCAACGCGGCUUCGAAGCAACGUGUCGAAAAGACGACCGAAGAACAGAUUCGAGGUUGAAGGCGACGCGGAAGGCGUGAGUGCGUCUGCCAAGAAGUUGAAAACGAGUGAAGAUUUGGACGUAAAUUAUGAAUUCGGGUACAGAAUUAUAAAUUUUUUGGCAGUUUUUGCUGUGAUUUCACAACAUGUGAAAUGUAAAAAGUGUAAUUCCGAUAUUACUUUUCGUGAAAGAAAUCCUCGUGGCUUAGGCUUCAAAAUAGUUAUCGCUUGUCCUAAUUGCCCGGAAGUUGUAAUUCCUAGUUGUAAAUAUAUACGAAACGCAUACGAAAUAAAUCGUCGAAUCGUUCUAGCUAUGCGAUUAGUAGGAGUUGGACUAAAUGGAAUUAUUAAGUUUUGUGCUUUCAUGGAAUUACCACGUCCAAUAUUCCAAUCUUUUUACGAUAAAUUAGUGAAUAUGAUUUCAAUCGCAACAUCAACAGUAAGACAUUCCAGUUUAAAAAAAGCAGCACAAAAAGAGAAGAAAAUGACUGAAGAACAUGGACAAUCUGCAGGAAUAACGGUUUCCGGUGAUGGUUCUUGGAGAAAACGCGGAUUUUCUUCGCUUUUUGGAAUCACGUCAUUGAUUGGUUGGUUUUCUGGGCAAAUUGUCGAUGUUGAGGUAAAAUCUAAAUAUUGUAAAAGUUGCGAACAGUGGAAGAAAAAAUUGGACACUUGUGACUAUGACGAAUGGUAUAAAACGCACGCCGAUGUAUGUAAAGCGAACCACGAAGGAUCAUCGGGAAAAAUGGAAGUUGACGCAGUCAUCGAGAUGUUCCAUCGCUCAAAAGAUUUGCACGAUCUCAAAUAUUCAAGCUACAUCGGGGAUGGUGAUAGUAAAACAUUUAAAGGUAUUAUCGACUCUGAACCGUAUGAAGAUUUAGUAGUACAGAAGAAAGAAUGCAUCUCGCAAGUACAGAAAAGAAUGGGAACGCGACUUCGUAAUCUGAAAAAAUCAUCGAAAAACCUCGGAGGAAAAGGAAAAUUAAGUGCCAAAUUAAUAGACGAGCUGACUAUUUAUUAUGGUUUGGCCAUUCGUCGGAACCCAACAUCCUUAGAUGCCAUGAAAAAUGAAAUUUGGGCGACCUUAUUUCAUAAGUUAUCAACUGACGAAAAUCCGCAACACGAGAAGUGCUCGAAAUCUUGGUGCAAUUGGAAGAAGGCGCAAGAAGCAGACACCUUGGACACUUUCCGUCACAAGUCACCGCUUUCCGAGGAAGUUUACGAAGCCAUAAAACCUAUUUAUGAAGAUUUGAGUCGAGACGAGUUACUAAACCGUUGCCUGGGCGGUUACACGCAGAAUAGUAACGAAAGUUUUAAUGCGACAGUGUGGAAUUUGGCUCCUAAAUCGUACUCAAGCGGCAAGACAGUCCUAAAUGUAGCGGCGGAUAUCGCUACAUGCGUCUUUAAUGAUGGAAUGACUAGUAUUAUACACAUUAUGCAGCUUCUGGAAAUGGAAAUUGGCGUCCAAGCAUAUAAUUUUUGCACCGAAUCCGACGCAAAACGAAUCAAGCACGCAGAGGCGCAAUUAUCAGAUGCGGCAAAAAAGACGCGCUCUAGCAUAACAUCUGCGAGGAAAGAAAUGGAGGACGAAUAUUCCAACUUAGAAGGGCAGCUUUACGGUGCUGGGAUUGCAGACUAAUGGUUCAAAUUUCCAACGGCUACACUGCUUGCCGCGGACCCCUUUAUUUUAAAGGCGCAUCGGGAAUAUGGCUGCCAUUCCGCCAUUUUGUAAUAUUUUUUUAUGAAAAAAUGUUUACAAGUACUUCAAUAUAUGCUUAUUAACUUCACGGAAUAUUAAUACUUUAUUUCAUUUCCUUCCAUUAAAAAAAAAAUGUCGAAAAAGUGCAAUUUUUUGGGCCGUUACAGUGGUGU